AUGGAGAUUCACAUAGCGAAGACAAGUGUUGUACGCCCUGCUCAAAAAACUCCCAAUCAUUCUAUAUGGAUCUCUAACUUGGACAGGUUGCACCCACAUGACGGUCACGUUCCUCUCUUGUACUUCUACCGGCGGCCGCCGCUUUCGGUGUCGGAUAAAUCUGAUUUCUUUGACACUUCUCUGCUUAAGGAGGCUUUGAGCAAAGCUCUUGUGGGGUUCUACCCUUUGGCUGGGAGGUUGGGAAGGGAUGAAAAUGGGAGGCUGCAGAUUGAGUGUAAUGGAGAGGGGGCUUUGUUCAUGGAGGCUGAAACAAGUUGUGCAGUUGAAGAUGAGUAA